CCCUUUGUCUGCUCUGAGGUGCCGUCCCCGGCCUUCGUCCGGCAGUGAUGAGCCUCCCUCUGCGGCGGGGUCUAGGAUAUGGCAGGUGAAGAAGCUGAGGUCCAGAGAGAUGAAAUGGGUUGCCCAGGGCCACAGUGAUGGUUAGCAGAAGAGCUGAGAUUCGAACCCAGGUCUUUUAAAUCUAGAUCAAGUAUUCUUUCUGAGGAGGAAACUGAGGCAGACAGAGGUGAAGUGACUUGUCCAGGGUCACACAGCUAGUAAGUGCCUGAGGUCGGAUCUGAACUCACGUCUUCCCGAAGCCAAGCUCGGCACCCUACCCACUGUACCACGAGCUGCCUCUACACAUCCAUGGAUUUCCCGCAACAUAGCCAGCUGGUCCUGGAGCAGUUGAAUCAGCAGCGGCAGCUGGGCCUGCUGUGUGACUGCACCUUUGUGGUGGACGGAAUCAACUUUAAGGCCCACAAGGCUGUGCUGGCGGCUUGCAGUGAGUACUUCAAGAUGCUCUUUGUGGACCAAAAGGACGUGGUGCACCUGGACAUCAGUAACGCGGCAGGUCUGGGGCAGGUGCUGGAGUUCAUGUACACGGCCAAGCUGAGCCUGAGCCCCGAGAACGUGGAGGAUGUGCUGGCAGUGGCGGGCUUCCUCCAGAUGCAGGACGUGGUCAGCGCGUGCAAUGCCCUCAAGGCCCUUCCUGGGGCAGCCUCCAGCACAUCUGAGCCUGAAGGAGAGGAGAAGGAAGCCGAUGAGGAGAAGAAGGCUGCAGCCGCCACCCUCAGCGAGCUGGACAGAGCGGAGCGAGGCCCUCUUGCGAGACCCAGUGUGGAAGUGCCUGGCGAGUCAGAGGCCCAGGCUGAGGGCCGUGGGGACGGGCUCGGUGCAGAGGGGACGGAGGAUGCCAGGUCUGAGGAGCCGGCGCCUGCAGAAGCCAGAGCCAGCCCUGCGGGUGCACCCCUUGAGAGGGGGAAGCAGAGCCCCAGAAAAGUGAAGCCACUCUCCCAGGAGGUCCAGCAGGGUCCCCUCGGGACAGACAGUCCCACUGUGCCCCAGAGUUCCUCCAAAGCUUGUUUCGUGGCAGAGAUGGAGGCUGAGCCAGGGAGGGAGGAUGAGGAGCAGGAGGAGAAGAGCCCAGAAGGAGCGGCUGUGGGGGAGAUGAGCACUGCGGAGGAGAAUGAGGAGUCUGGAGGCACCGACUCCGGCCAGGAGAACAGUGUGGGGGAGGCCCGGGUCUUACGAUCAGGCACCUACAGCGACCGGACCGAGUCAAAGGCCUACGGCUCUGUCAUCCACAAGUGUGAGGAUUGUGGGAAAGAGUUCACUCACACGGGAAACUUCAAGCGGCACAUCCGCAUCCACACUGGAGAGAAGCCCUUCUCGUGCCGGGAGUGUAACAAGGCCUUCUCUGAUCCGGCGGCGUGCAAGGCCCACGAGAAGACACAUAGCCCCCUGAAGCCCUAUGCCUGUGAGGAAUGUGGCAAGAGCUACCGGCUCAUCAGCCUGCUCAACCUGCACAAGAAGCGCCACACGGGGGAGGCGCGGUACCGCUGCGAGGACUGUGGCAAGCUCUUCACCACCUCGGGCAACCUGAAGCGGCACCAGCUGGUGCACAGCGGCGAGAAGCCCUACCAGUGCGACUACUGCGGCCGCUCCUUCUCUGACCCCACCUCCAAGAUGCGGCACCUGGAGACCCACGACACCGACAAAGAGCACAAGUGCCCUCACUGCGACAAGAAGUUCAACCAGGUGGGCAACUUGAAAGCACAUCUAAAGAUACACAUCGCGGAUGGACCCCUGAAGUGCAGGGAGUGCGGCAAGCAAUUCACCACCUCAGGAAACCUGAAGCGGCACCUUCGAAUCCACAGUGGGGAGAAGCCUUAUGUCUGUGUCCACUGUCAGAGGCAGUUUGCAGACCCAGGCGCCCUGCAGAGGCACGUCCGCAUCCACACGGGAGAGAAGCCGUGCCAGUGCCUCAUCUGCGGAAAGGCAUUCACUCAGGCCAGCUCCCUCAUCGCCCACGUGCGCCAGCACACUGGCGAGAAGCCCUAUGUCUGCGAGCGCUGCGGCAAAAGGUUUGUCCAGUCAAGCCAGCUGGCCAACCACAUCCGCCACCAUGACAACAUCCGCCCACACAAGUGCAGCGUGUGCAGCAAGGCCUUUGUCAAUGUGGGGGACCUGUCCAAGCACAUCAUCAUACACACGGGAGAAAAACCCUUCCUCUGUGACAAAUGCGGACGCGGCUUCAACCGUGUGGACAACCUCCGCUCCCAUGUGAAGACGGUUCACCAGGGCAAGGCGGGCAUCAAGAUCGUAGAGCCGGAGGAGGGCGACGAGGUCAACAUCGUCACCGUGGCCUCGGAUGACAUGGUCACCCUGGCCACAGAGGCCCUGGCUGCCACAGCAGUCACCCAGCUCACAGUGGUACCCGUUGGGGCCGCGGUGACGGCGGAUGAGACGGAAGCCCUCAAAGCGGAGAUCACCAAAGCCGUGAAGCAGGUGCAGGAAGCAGACCCAAACACCCAGAUCCUCUAUGCCUGUGAUUCAUGUGGUGAGAAGUUCCUGGACGCCAACAGCUUGGCCCAGCAUGUCCGGAUCCACACAGCCCAGGCCUUGGUCAUGUUUCAAGCAGAUACGGACUUCUACCAGCAAUACGGCCCAAGCAGCACAUGGCAGGCUGAGCAGGUGUUGCAGGCCGGGGAACUGCUCUUCCGCCCCCGGGAAGGGGCUGAGGGCCAGCCUGCCCUCGCAGAGCCCCCUCCACCCACUGUGGCUGAAUGAGGGCAGUGGAGGUGUGGGUGGGCAAGGGCCACAGCAGACACUUCCCCCCCCCCCCCCUCCUGACUAUUUAAAGAUGGACAAAAAGCACCCUGGAUCCCUAGGGAGA